CUUUUUCUACACUACUCAUCAUGAACUCUGAGUUUCAACAUUUUUUUUUUCCCUUUUUUCGCAUGUCAUUUCACGAGAUCGAGAUUUCUAUCUGUCGUUCCACCCACCUUACCAGCCUGAAAAUCAUCAUAACAUUCUGUCCCAGAACCUGGACACCCCGAGUUUGAACUGCUACAACCUCGAUAUAAUCGAAUGCAGUAGCUCACCACCCAAUUAUGCCCGUAUAUCUUUUCCCCUACAACAACAACGACGGUAUCCCCGCGGCUGCAAAGAUACUACAUAACACAGGAAGACUUUUCCUCGUCCCCGC